GAAAUUUCUCAAGGUCACACACGAUUUGCUCAGAGACGUAAGGCAGAAUGAAAGAUUUGUUAUUUUCUGCAGUAUUAUGGAUCCCGCUACUCCAUCAACCAGCCAAACUAAUACUGAGUGUCCAUUGGCUGUGUAUACCGGUGAUGUCUUCGAAAGGAUUAUGAGACCCAGGCAGCUGACAAGCUGGGAGCAAGUCAGAGAAGCUGUCGAUCUGUUGCAAAAGAUGACUUGGACUCAUUAUGUAGUACGUGAAAGCAGGCUGAACAAAGAAAAGCCGGAAAUUCGCUACGAGUAUGUAGUGUAUGUAUGUUCUUUUGGUCAUAAAAAGAAGCCGGAGGGCCAUGGUGAGAGAAUAAAAGGGUAAAUGAUCAUUAUUAUUGUUUUCAAUUUUCAUAGAUCAAAGUUUAGUGGUUGCAAGGCCAUGUUUCGUUUACGGUAUGAUGUGAACCGGUUCGUCAUAUCGUCGUCGAGGAUGAUACAUAACCAUCCUUGUGAUGAAAAGUGUUUGAAAAAUGAUCCAUGGUUCCGAAGAUUAAAUGAAGAUCAGUUGAAGGUUGUUCGGCCGAUGGUUGAGACUGGGAGUAAUGCAAAUUCAAUAGUUAAGUAUGCCAAAGACCAUUUUGGAAAGACAAUAACGGUGCAAUAUGUUAAUAAUUUAAAAUAUAAAGUUGUCGAAUGUAAGCUUAUCACAUAUAUCUACGGUAUUUUAGGCUGUGGAAGCUUAAACGACGUAAUUGCAACGUUACGGAACAGUGGAAAAGUAUUCGUUUCUUAUGGGGGCGUGGCUAACCAGGUUACAAAGAUAGCAUUUAGCACGCACGAGCAAAUUGAAACGUACAAACGGUUCCCUGAAGUUGUGUGUUUGGAUUCAACAUACAACACGAGCAGGGGAAAUUAUAAACUCUUUCAGUUGGUUUGUACAGAUAACUGCGGACAUGGAGUCCCAGUUAUGUUUGCUUGGACCAAGGAAGAGAAGGUUGAUAUGGUAUGGAUACUGGAUCAUUUUAAAAAGAUCAUGAAUGGAACCAGUCAAACGGAAACGUUUGUGAUGGACUGUGCAAGAUCCAUCAUAUCCGCUGUUGAAUUAACGCACCGUACUGCCCACAUAGCUUUAUGCUCUUUCCACGUGUGUAGAGCUAUUUGUAAGAAGACCCGCGAUCCAAUAAUCAAGCAGUACUUAUGUCAGCUGGUGCGUGAACAAACAGUAGUUAAGUUUCACCAGAUACGUCGAAUAAUCAGUGUUCGCAGCAGACGCAUCGCAGCUUAUUUAAACAAGAACUGGAUGAGUAGGAAGGGAACUUGGGCCGCAGCUUUCAACGGCAAUGUCGUUACGUUGGGUAACAACACCAACCACCGGGUUGAAAGUGCGCACAGACAACUGAAGAGGAAGUUGUCUAAUGGAGAUGCGUUGAGUAAAUGUAUGUGGAAGACAUUUACAUGGCAGAAGCAAUUAGACAAACGUAGGUCACUACAGUCCAGCUUACACUGUAGUCGCAAACGUAGAUACGUAGCUGAAGAAUGCUUAAUGCCUCUACUAAGCAAGCUAACCACCUAUGCUGGCUCUAUAGUCCUUAAAGACUAUAAAAAAAGGGGACUGAUGUACAUCGAGAAUAGCCAGUCACCCUUUGUGUUCUUCGUAGACGGCCCUCUGUGUCCGGUAGUGCAUAUAAGCAACGGCACUUGCACUUGCCGUUUAUUUAAAACAUGUCGAAUUCCAUGUAAGCACAUGGUUUUUACUCAUCUACAAAUGCCAGAAUUCACAGUUGAUUUAGUUUUGAAGCUGUGUUGCAGAUGGACUUGGACAGCCUGUGGAGGUGUGGAUGUAAAUAUACCAGCUAUUUCGUCUCCAGAUUAUACUGAAACGAGCAGGUUGUAUCGCAUUCUACGCAGUAAAAUCCACAUACUCAGUACACUUUUCGGACAGACGACGGUGCAGGACAUACUAAGGCAAUUGAUAGAUCAAGUUGAUGAAUUAAUACGCAUGAGGCGUCUGCCUACAGAUUCCGAACAUAAUACUCAAUAAACACAAAUCGCGUCAUCUGCGUUGCCAGUUCUUGUUGAUACCUAAUUAAAUAAAAGUCUUAUGUUCACUAAAUACAGAGUUUCUUGCUAUGUUUGGUAUAAGGGGUGAAAACAUUGAAUGGGCCUGUAGUUGUGUUUUGGCAGGUGCGUAACCUCAC